AUGGAUUCCCCACGGCCGCCCAACUCGCCGAGCAAAAACUUGACCCUCGACAAGAUCCAAAUUUUGAAUUUGUUUAAGCUUUUUGACAACCUGCCCUUCGACCCAAAGAGCGAAAAUGAGACGUGGCACAUCGUGAACAAGGAAUUCAUAGACAGCCUGAGGAGCUACGAAGAGGGGAAGGCGAGUCGGUACGACGCCCUCAUCAACAACAAAAUUUUUGUGGAGGACGCCAGCAACGUCACCACGAGGACGAGGCUCCUCAAGGAGUACGAAAAUGGCAACGGAGUGAGCUUCCUCCUCUACCCGGAGAAGGCCAUAGAGGUGUUGGAAAAGCAUUUCCACUUUAACCUGAAGAUCCCCAGGGCGGUGUACCCCUAUAAGGUUCCCAAGAGGGAGAGGGUAAUUUACAAGGUGGACGUCCAGCCGCUCAAACUCGUGGUGUACUCGAAGAACCCCAACGAGUUCUCCAGCCCCUCCAAGAUGAAGAUCGUCGUCCUGCGCAACGACACGGUGGAGGACCUGCUCAAGGAGAUCGUCACCGACUUCGACCCCGCGAGCUUCAAGAAGAACCUGUUCUACGCCGAAGAGGUGGGCGGCAAGAGGGAGUACAACUGGGAGCGGCUCUACCUGCAGGAUUCGACGGAGUUCCCCCUGAAGAGGAGGAUCCACGAAUAUGAGAUUGACGAGCGGACCUGCUUGCUAAUAACAAAUGAGCGGGCGGAUAUCAAGUGCCUGACGAAUGAGAGCGACUACGGGUACACGAGGCGCGAGGCGAGUUUUAGGAGGUCCGAGAAGGAGGAGGAUUGCAUGCGGGGCUACUCCAGCGGACGCGCCGGGGCGUACGGUGGUGGUAGUAGCACUCCCCAGGCGCAGGGGCACACGCAGGGAAACGCGCAUGGAAACGCGCAGGGGCACACGCAGGGGCACACGCAGGGGUACCCCCAACAGAGCGUGGCCAAGCAGAUAAGCUACAUCUUCGAGCACGGGGGGGACCGGGGCCUGGUCAACCUGGGGAACACCUGCUUCCUGAAUUCCUCCCUGCAGUGUCUAGCCAAGAUAAGAAAUUUCUCCAACUAUUUCCUCAGCGGCACUUUUUGGAACCACAUAAACUACUCCAACCCAGUGGGCCAACACGGACGACUAGCCAAAGCGUAUUACGAAACGUUGCUGGAGCUUUGGAAAAUAGAUAAGAGGAGCGAGCCUUAUGCCCCCAAGGUGUUGAAGCAAGCCAUAAGUGAAAAGAGGGAUGAAUUCUACGGGUACCAACAGCACGAUUCGCAAGAAUUAUUGGCCUUCCUUCUGGAUGGGCUACAUGAGGAUCUAAACCUAAUACAGAAGAAGCCCUACUAUGAGGAGAAGCUACAAGGAGGCUUGGACAAACAGGACAUUGACGUUGCAGAAGCGUCUUGGAAUAGGCACAAAGAAAUUAAUAACUCCAUCAUUGUGGACCUUUUUCAGGGCCAAUAUAGAUCCCGCUUACAGUGCCCCAAGUGUAAAAAAGUUAGCAUAGCUUUUGACCCUUUUAUGUAUUUGUCUAUCCCCUUGCCUCCUAAGAAGAACCACCGCAUUUGGUUCCACGUCAUCCUAAAUAGGGACUUCCCCAUCGGCAUGAGAUUCUCUUGCUCGUUUAGCGGCUCACAGGAGGUCCUAAAAUUAAAAAUUUUCGUUCUCACAAUAAUCAAGAAUUUAAAGGGGAAAAGGAAGAACAUCCUCCUUCAUAAUAAAUGUAUAAUUAAAAAUAGCAAAGACACUUCCCCCGAGGGAAGGAGCAGCCACGCCAAUGUGAUCACAACGUCCAGUAGCAGUGGCAGCAGCUGUGGUGGCGGGGGAAACAGCAGCACUAAUAAUGCCUUCAAUUUUCAUUAUAAAUAUCUGGAUGAGAAAAACGAAUUCUACGAAGAUAAUGAGGACAACUGCACCAGUGCCGAUAUUGCCAAUUACGUGAGAGCCAUCAAAAAUAAAAGUAAAAUAACGAGCACGCUGAAGGAACAAGACAUCUCCACCGUCCAUGAGAGUAUCUGUGCCAUGUGCAACAUACAAUCGAUUGAUGAGCUAGAGAUAAACAACUUGAGCUUCCUCUUUACCAAAUUUAAAAACCUCGCGUGCAACCAAUUCUUCCAAGUUUUGAAUAACUCCGAUUUUGUUACCGAACCUCACACGAGAAAUGGGAAGGGCAUCAGCCACAUCUUCGUCUUCAUCCUCCCCAAGCUGUGUUCCCACCUCAUAGACAAGAACAUGGAGGUCAAAGUGGGCGAUGAGAGUUUGGAGGUCCUCACCAACUCGACCGUCACCACGAACAACACCAGCCUCAGGGACGAGGAGCUCAACGGGAAGGGCGACCCUAAUGGGGGUGCCGGCACUAGCGGCGGUAGCGGCAUUAGCGGCAACAGCGGCAAUGGCAACUGCAGCGCGGAGAAGAAGCCGCUCAAGGGGAAGAACAGCCACGCCAGCAAGAUCCUCAAGAAGAGGAAGGGCGUGCUCGGCUCCCCCAGCAGCAACGGCAGCCCCGUGCGGAAGGGCGAGAAAACGCACCCCUCCGGGGCCGAGGAGGACGAAGACGACGAGCUCACUCCCGGGGCGGCGCCCCCAGCGGGGUGGACUGGAAGCAGCCGCCCCAAUGUUAGCAGCAACGCAGCGGAGCCCUGCGACGAAGCCAUGGAAGAGUCAAACGAUAUCAACAUGCAGGAGACCUGCUCAGAGGCACCCCUAAACGAUUCCAACGGCAUGAGCAAGAGCAGGCCCAGCUGCGAGCCACACAUCUCAUACAAUGAGCUGUUUAGGGAUCGAAUUUUGAUCAACCAGGAUGUCCACAGCCUGCACGAUAAGUACUUCUCCCUCCUGAUAGUACCUCUCUGCAAAGAUGAGCAGCUUUUCUACAAAAUGAAAAAUAAUGAUUUGCCCCUCCUCUUUAAUGUCCCUUUUAAUUUUACGCUGAAUGACCUGUACGGCAAGGUGGAAAAUGCCUACCGGAAGACCCCCCCGGGGGGUAGAACCGCCAGGGGAGCAGCCACUUCCUCCACCCCCACCUCUAGUGGGCAAGGCAGCCAAGCGGAACACGCCGAUCGGUACGGACCGCCAAACGCACAUAAUGGGAAUGGUAGAAGGGGAGAAGAAGAUGAAAUUGCGAAGAAGGAUAGCAUAAGCAGCGGCGAUGUGGCGAAUAAAACCACCACAAGUGAGUACAACCGGGUGGAGGAGGAGGAAAAGGGGGGCCCAAGCGGAGCUCACGAAGGGGAAACCCCCCACAGCAGAAUUACACUCUACCUGCCCUGUUACAACCUAAAGGAGGAGUGGACCUCCAAGGAGAACCUAGGCCUCGAGCUCAAAAGAGACGAAACGUACCUCUCAGAUUACAUAAAGAAUUCAGAAGAAAAGCGCCUCAUAAUUAUACACCUCAACAGUGGUGGCAUAGAUCAUGAGCUAUCCCUAGACAUAAAAACGAUUACCUUUGUAGAUUUGGAGGAACGCUACGGAAUCGACACCUGUUUGAAAUUAUUUUCUGAGGAGGAACACCUCGACGAGAACAACACCUGGUACUGUGGAAAUUGCAAGUUGCAUGUACAAGCCUACAAAAAAUUGGACCUAUUUCGAAUGCCAAUCAUCCUAAUCCUUCACUUAAAAAGAUUUAAUAAUACGAAUAGGUGGCUACGGACGAAAAUCGAUUCAUAUGUUUACUACCCUCAUAAAGAAAAUGAGUAUUUGAAUAUGACCCCCUACAUUUUGGAGGAUGGCUUGAAGCACAUGAUGCAAAUGGACCCCCAUUACUCUCCUCUGUAUGAGCUCAUUGGAGUUAACUGCCACACGGGUGGGUUGUGUGGAGGGCACUACUUCGCGUACGUGAAGCUCAACGGGCAGUGGUACAAUUUCAAUGACACCUUCGUGACCACCAUUGACGAGUCGCAAGUGAACACCAAGAACGCCUACCUCCUGUUUUACCAGCUGCACACGCACAAGAACGAGACCUUCACGGGUGUGGCGGACCAGAGGAACUUGGCGGAGGAGGAGGCCAUCCGCAUGGCCAACGCGAGCUACUACAAUUAG